ACAUGUUCCAUUCUUGUAAAUCUCGAAACCUGUGCCUCAUCCGCGCAUUGCAUAUUACCCGCGUCCAUGCGGCGUUGCUAAUUGAGGACCUCUUGAUAAUAAUAACAAGCGCCAAAGGGGCACGCCAUCCACAUGAUUGGAUUCUCCUGCUGGCCGCAUCGAAGAAUUCCCAGUACCAAAGGUGGGCUGCAUGCGAGGCUCUAGAGCUCGGGGCUUGUUCCCGGUCGGAGAAGCACACCGCUACGAUUCGGCCGCAAAAGCGAGGUUGUUAGUCCACGAUGUUUG